AUGACUGAGAGAAAGAUCAUUAUCAUCACGUCGGACGGCGACAAGUUCCCUGUGGAGCGCAAGGUUGCCGAAAAAAGUAUUCUGAUCAAGAAUAUGCUGAAAAAUCUGCUGCCCGCCGAAGAGGAAGAGGAAGAUGACGAGGACGAGGACGAACCCAUCGAGGUUCCAACGCAGAACGUGCGUUCCGCGGUUAUGAAGAACAUUCUUGAAUGGUGUGACCACUACAAAGACUACAACUUCCCGGACGACGAACAGGACGACGAUUCGAAAAAAAGCGCGCCAAUUGACGCUUGGGACAAGAACUUCCUCAAUGUCGACCAGGAGAUGCUGUACGAGAUCAUCCUCGCUGCCAAUUACCUCAACAUCAAGCCGCUGCUGAACGCCGGAUGCAAAGUCGUGGCGGAGAUGAUCCGCGGCAAGUCUCCUGAGGAGAUCCGCAAGACUUUCAACAUAGUUAACGAUUUCACACCAGAGGAGGAGGCGGCAAUCAGACGUGAAAAUGAAUGGGCCGAGGACCGCUGA